AUGAUCAGCAUCAAGACUGUCGUUACUGGCAUUGCAGUCGGCCUCACCGCCGUCGGCAUAGCCCAUGCCUCUCCCACCAUUGCCAGUGGUGACGAGAACCGCGCGCUCUCCAUGAUCAACACUGCUCGUUCCGAGGCAGGUGCCCCUCCCAUCCUUUGGGACAACAACCUCAAGGAGGACGCCGACACCUGGGCUCUUCUGCUCGCCAAACAGGGCUUCAUUGGCCGUGCCCCUGCUCAUCAGCGUGAUGGUGCUGGCGAGGUCGUCGCCUACUUCAGCUCUCUGCCCCCCGCCGUCAUGGCUCGCCAGGACCUCAGCCCCGGCCCCUUCCAGGGCGACAUCACCUUCUUCAACCCUGGUCUUGGCGCCUGUGGCUGGACCGACAACGACGACUCCAUGAUUGUUGCCCUCUCUCACAUCAAGAUGGGCUCCCAGUCCAACGGCAACCCGCUCUGUGGCAAGACGGUCCGCAUUCAAGCUGAGGGCAAGUCUGUCGACGUCAAGGUGACUGACAAGUGCAUGGGAUGUGCUGUCAACGACAUUGACGUUAGCCCUGCCGUCUUCAAGGCCCUCCUGGGUGACCUUGGCCGCGGUCGCGUCGGUGGUGUGACUUGGACUCUUGUCUAG